AUGCUCCGGCUCGAGCAUGUCUUCCGCUUGGGCCAUGAGCUGCGACUCUUUUCGGCCGCCUCGCCGGGGCCGAUCCUGUCGUUGCACGCGCCGGUCGACCCCUCGCGCGGAUCCGGCGCCUUCUCCCUGCCCCGGUCUUCCCUGAGUGAGGAGGCGCGCCUGAGUGCCUCGGCCCCGCCGCCGGAACUCCCCGGCGGCCUCCCCCCCGGGCGUCUGUCCGCCUCGGAGGGCGGGGCACGCGCGCGCCACUGGGGCCUGCGCCUUGUGGGCCAGGAGCGCGGCGACAUCCUCCUCUACACCUGCGACGGCCUGUUCUUGCCCAACCAGAAGACCUUCGGCACCAUUCUCUUCUCCUACAACAUCAAGCAGUCGCGCUCGACGCUCAUGUACCUUUCCUGGACCCCGAUCAACAUUGUCAAUGCCACACAGAGCCACGACGAGUCGAUUUUCGGCUUCGUCACCUUUCAGCAGGGGCCCCACCCGGAGAAGGGAGAUGAUGGCACCCUCCUGGACCAGUACACCUCGUACCUCGGCACGCCUGGCGGUGCUCUCCAUCGGAUGUACAGCAGCGACACGUACCAGCGCCUGGUGAUGAUCGAUCACCGUCGGAAUGAGGAUGACAAGCCGAGGUACUGCUUUCUGAGGCUCAUGCAGAGCGGCGCCACGCUCAUGAUCAGCGCCGUGGUCCAACGCUUCAAGUCCACUCCGGACCGCCUGAACCAGGUGAAUAUCCUGGACCGCGAGCAGGUCAUCUCCCAGCCGGCCAUCUGGUCUCAGUGGGACAUCAGCCGGCAGCUGCUCUAUUACAUCACCUUUUCCAGCACGACCAUGAACGCCCUGGUCCUGUACAUCCUGGAGUUCCUCUCGGACCCUGGCUCCCCUACGCAGGUUCUCCGGCGGAUCAUGCUCCCGCCAGCCAUGUCCCACUCGAUCAUCCAGCAUGCCAAUGCGCCGCCGCACAUUGGCACCGCCGGCCCGCGCUUCGCCACCCCUGGCGCCCAUCCGAUUCCCCGGACCCCGGAGCUUGAUUUCCUCCUCAUGUCCGCCUCACGCGGGGCCGUCAGCCGCAACCAGAUCGAGUGUGUCCUCCUGUCGAAUGGUGCUCUGGCUCUUUGCCACCAUGGUGCCCCGUGUGAGGUAACUCGCCAGCUCCGGGUCUCGGUCUUCAUCAUGUCGGCCCUGGAAAUCAACCACUCGGUCGAUGAACCGGAGGACUACCCCUCGGAGCAGGAUGAGGCCGAGGUUAUGUCCUCCUCGGUCGGGCGUUUCCUCGAGUGUGUCGUCCCGCUGUCGGUCGUCGAUCCGGCGCAGGCCCCCCUGGCGCGGCUCUGCUUCACGACCUUCAACAACCUUCUCAUCAUCUACCUGCCGGGCAUCUACAUUGGCAUGGUGGACUGCUCGAUUCCGAUGCAACCACGCACGUCCCUGGCCUUCACCGGCCCCGCGCUGGCCACCUGCCUGCCAUUCCAGCAACCCGCUGCCCAGAAGGCUGCGCUCCCAUUCGUCACCCAGUUUGAGGUCAUUCCGAAUGACUUGACCGGCUGCAACUCCAUUUACGACUGCAAGACCGGCACCGCAUACCGGUUCUCCCUCGAUCCGACCACCAUCCGCAGCCUCUUUACGGCCCGGCUGCUGGGGAGCGCAGUCGAUCGGAUGUCGGCUGACCCAUCGCACACUCACCCGGGAUACACGCCUUCCAAUGGGUUCCCCUGCUUCACCGGCGCCUACUUCUCCUUCCAGCUGGAACUCCUGAAGUCGGACCCCAGCUUGUCGGCGGCCGAGGCCACGGUGGAUGCCGCCUCGCGCUGCAUUCCCAGCACCACAGUCCCUGUGUGGCCGCGGCCCGGGAUGGAUGGGCUGCUCCCGGCCGCCGGGGCGUCGAGCCUGCUGCGCGGUCGACCGACCAACCGGUCGCCCUCCCCUGCCAUCGGGCCCGGGCCCGCGGCAGGUCUGCAACACGAGACAGUCAUCCCACGGGGCUCCACCGCCAGUGGCGGCUUCAUCGGGGAUCUGUUCCCCCGGUCGCCAGUGCUCCAGUCGUCGGCUGACCAGGCCCCCUCGGGCGUGAACCUACGCCUGAGCUCCCACAGCCAUGGCCAUGGCGGUGGCACCAGCACCUCGCCGGCCGUCUUCCGGUCAUCGGUAAGCAGCGGCCGGUCACACUCGAGUCUGGAUUUGGCCAGCAUGUCGCGCCCCGCCUCGCCCGUGGCCCCCAUGGUCACCGGCCGACUCCCGCGCCUCUCCCUGCACGCGGUGGAUCCCGAUGUCGGGGGCGGCUCCUCUGCCACCGAGGCCUCCAGCCCGACGUCCUCCAUGCGCUCGAGCAACUCCUCGCUGGCGGGGUCCGCCCAUCCGCCCGGUGCCUCGGGGCUUGGCAUGGCCGGUGUCCUGCCGGUCUUCGCCCCCCUAGCCCCGGGGGCCGUGGCGCUGACGCCUGCCUCCUCGUACCUGCCCUCCUACUAUGGCUUGCCUCACUUGGCCCAAGCGGCCGUGGUGUCCUCCUUCGGGUCGCCGGCCGCCGCGGCGAGCGCGGCCUUCGCCUCCGCUGGCGCCGGUCGACCUGGACGCAAGUCCCAGCGCUCGGCCAAGCAACAAGCCCCGGUGCAUUUCUCCCCGGAGCCCUUCUGCUUUGACCGCCUCUUCCCCCCGGGCAAGCUUCUGGCCGCGUCGCCGCAGUCGCUGCAGUCCGGCACGCGCGGGCUCUCCUGCUUUGUGGGCCCCACUCCGGCGGUGCGGGCCAUCCUCGGCCCCGCCGGCGAGAAGGCCUUCCAGCCGGUGCAGAUGUCCGGUCGGCCGCUGAUGCCAGUCCCCCGGGCCCCGGUGGCCGGCCCCUCGACCGAUGGCCGGCCGGCUCCCAUGACGGCUCCCGGCUCGCUGCCGGCCCCCCCGGCCCCGGUGACCGUGCCGCCGGUGGAGGCGGCCCUCGCUGCCGAUUCCGGACACCAACAGGGCCCGAUGCGGCGCUUCCUCCAGCGGAUUCUCACCUCCUCGGAUUCCCCGCCCUCUUCCCCCAAGAAGGAGGCCGACCAUGUGCCGGCCGCGGCGCACACCCCUCCGCCACAGGCGCAGCCGCAGCCGCAGCCGCACUUGCAGCACGCCUCGCCGCCGAACGACCCGGCCCACCCUCGACUCGGGACCGCGCAGCCCGAUGGCCCGCCGGCUGGCGGGGUGUCGCUGGCCAUGCGACCUCCCCUUGCUGCUGCCGACCUGGCCGGACCAUACACCGCCGCGGCGGCCGUCAUGCACAACGACCCGACCAAGUGCUACUACGACCACAUCAUCGCACACCACUUCGGCUCGUGCUACCCGAAGCUCCACCGGUCGAUCGUGGACGACUGGGCCCACCGCUACACCCGAUGCCUUUUCACCCAGCUCAACAACCUGUGGUCCCUGAUCGUGGACCUGUUCGGCCUCAACCACUUCGAUCUCCUGGACCAUCCCCUGCCACUGGUGUGGACUGACGCCAAGUCCCCGGCCGAGUUGGGUCGCCUGAACCAGCUGACGGCGGCCUUCAAUUUGCUGUCCGAGUUCCGCGAGACAUACCACUCGCUGCAUUGCGCCCCGCCGGAGGGCUUCGAGGACUGCUUCUCCCUGUUGGGAUUCUAUGUGCUGCCGCGUCUCGUCUUCAACCAGAUGCUCGAGCAAGGUGUCAUCCGCAUUUCCGAGGAUGUCACCCGCCACAUCACCCUUCACAUCCUGACCGAGCGCCGCGCCGAGCGGCAGCUCCUGCUCCGGGGGGCGGAUGCGGCGACGCUCGUCCGUCAACCGGACCUUUAUCGGUCGAUCACGGCCGUGGCAGAUCGCGCCGGGCGGGAAAUCAGCAACCUGUCGCUGCUGCUCAUUCGUCGGAUCCCCUCGCCGGGGCUGGUGCUGCACAUUCUCCGGCAGCUGGCCAACGCCGGAGGUGGCGGUCCCACGGCCGGCUCCGGGCCGGGCUCCGAUCUUGCGUAUCCCCCGGGGGCCGGCAUGAGUGAUGUUGCCAGCCUCAUUUGUGAGAUUUCCGUCUCCUCGAUCCUCACCCAGCUGCAGUUCAUCUCCCUGCUCUAUCGGCACCGGUACCAGAACCAGAUCCACCACCAGGCCCAGGCCCAGGCCCACACGCAGGGCGGCCUGCUACGCACGAGCAGUGGCACCGCCCCGGGUGUCGGCGUCGGCGGCCAGGAUGCCCCCUUGGGCAUUCCCCGGCCGCUGUAUGGCAGCGGGGCGGCCGUUGCCGCUGCGCCGGCCGCUCUGCAUCAGCUCCCGCCGGAGGUGCUGAACGAGCUCCUCCUGGCUGAUGAUGGCCUGUCUUCGGCCGAGGCGGCCUUGGGGCAGGACUUCCAGCCGCUGGACACCAGCGACAUCGAGGAGGAUGACUAUGCCCUGGUGGCCGGGACGCAGGCUCCCUCGCACAGCUUCGCCCCGAUGGCCUACUUUUUGGUGUAUCUCUUCCGUCAGGCAUCGCGCCUGGCCCAGGCUCAGGCCGUGGAUCCGAGUCUGCAGCCGCGCCCGUCGCUGGCCAUGGCAGGGUCCCGUGGCGGCGGCACCCCAAGUGACCCGGUGGCCGAUGUCCACUUCUUGGCGGCCGUCUAUCGCUACGCCUUCAAGCAUUGA